GGCCAAACCAAUCGUGAUAGGUGUAUACACGCAUGUGCCUCACUCACACGCGUUAUGAUGAGGCCCUUCCGAACUGAGAGAGGCAUGCAAGCCAGGUUUUUGAUUGGGUGUCGAGAGCUAAUGUAAACAGUAAAAAAUGAAAUGGCCCACUAUUACAGUCACUUACAGAGUAAAACCCCACAUGUGGUAAUUGCUAGUUCCACAAUGGGUACGUGUUUCUACAAUUCCAAGUGUCCCCCUCUCCUUCCUCUCUGCUCCAUGCUGCCCUUCUCCUAUAGGCCACCUCCCUCCCUUAAAACAACCGUUUCAUCAUCCCUUUCACAAAAGCACUUACCAUCUUCCUCUGCCCUUGCCAUCCCUCACAGCUCUCUGCCUUCUACAUUCCUCGUUCUAAGGCUUUUGCCAUUGCAGAACUUGAGCUUUGUGCAGCUAGCUGAGAUUCGAGAAUUUCGCAACCAUGAUCAAGACACUGAAUCCUUACAACUCCACCAACACGGCAAAAACCGCUGAGAUUAUGUCCAGGUACAGGCCUAUAGCACCGAGGCCUGAGACUAGUCCGAUCACCCCCACAGGUGAGAGCCCUGCCCUGUCCCAGAAGAUCAGGGACUCCCCUUACCUUAGGAACCUCUGGCCUCAAUUGCAGGCAAGACCCACAAGAACCAGGAAGAGAGGGCGAGCUGCAAUUUCGCCACCAACCCUGAAAAGGCAGAGAACAAACCAUGUCUUUGGGCUCUCUCCUGCUUGCCAUGUCACCUCCCCUGUCAAAACUCUAACCUUGGAUGGUUUUACUCAUCCUCUCACACAGCUUGCAUUGCCGAACCAGCUUGGAUCAGCCAGCACCUGCCUAGAAAGCACCAGUCUGGUGACUCUGCCUCUUCUAUCUUACCCAUCUUCACUCUCCAUUGUCCCUAACCAAGCUGUGGUGACCAACCAAGCAGCCCCGCCGGCUGAACUCAAUUUACCGAGACCUUCUGGAGGAGAUGAGAAGCUCAUAGAUUUGAACUCUGAAGCUGAAAUUCCAGAGGAGAAGGAUCUGCUGAAGCAACUGCAAGGAAUCCCAUCCCCUACUACUCCUACCACCCCCAGUGUCAUAUCACCUCAGCCAAUUCGACCUGUGGGCUCGAGCAUUAGUGUCGGCUGCAUCAACACAGACUCAAACUUAGCCCAAGCUGUGCAAGCUCCUAAGAAGCCAGAGGAUGUAGAGUCGGAGGUGGAGUUGGAGGCACUGCCGGCGAUCAUUUCAGAUUCACACAACAAGGUGAGGAUGGCAAAUGCAGCUUACAAGGAGAUGGUUGGUCAGCCAGAGUGUUCCUGGCUCGAUUCGAUGGUGGCGACCUCGUGCAAAAGGAUCGGUGGGGAGGUUGCACUACAGCUUUCGGAUACAAGGGUGCCAACUUCAUCAAAUGGGUUUUCAUGCUGGGUGAGGAUUGAGUGGGGAAAUGAAAUGGACAAGCAUGCUGUCAAUGCUUUCUGUGAUGUGAUGAAACUAGCCUGCGAGUCCAAGGACUACCUCUUCACUUGGAGGUUCCACACCCACAGCAGAGAAGCUUCUCAGUCCAGUUCUAAUGAAAUUGCAUCUUGUAACUAA